UUGUCAUUUUAUCGAUUUCGUGAAUGUCGCGUCCCAUUUCGCUAGUGACGGAGAAAAGAAAGAUCAUCGCAAUUGUACGCAGUUCUCCGCCGUCUGGUUCCUGUUAGCUGUAGUUUGAGCCACUACACUUCCGUUAGAACAAGCGCAAAUAAAGCGAAACCACCAGCUAACGACGUGUUUGCACAGAAAUUGCGUGCAGCACCUGCUGACAGCGCUCGGAAGCCUUUCGUAGUUGGCCACUGUCAAAUUGCAAGCUCGUUUGCCUAGGAGGCGUACUAGACCGGGGUUGCCACAGUUGGAGAAAGAUAGUUUGUGGAUAGAAGAAAAAUCUGGAAACUUAUUUCUGAUCGGCACACGUACACGUGCGGAUAUAUUGGUAAAAGAAAGCAUCGUAUUUCCUGUGUGUGUGAAUAUUAGCUGCCGACGAGGCCUUUGUGUGAACGUGCGAAAAGAAGGGAAGUUAAACAAAUAUGGCUGCUCUGCCCCGUAGAAUAAUCAAAGAAACGCAGCGUCUGAUGCAGGAACCUGUCCCCGGUAUCAGUGCCAUACCGGACGAACAGAAUGCCCGUUACUUUCACGUAAUCGUUUUCGGCCCGGAGGAUUCACCGUUCGAGGGCGGCCUGUUCAAGCUAGAGCUGUUCCUGCCCGAGGAUUAUCCGAUGUCGGCACCAAAGGUGCGUUUCAUAACAAAGAUCUAUCAUCCAAACAUCGAUCGUCUCGGACGGAUCUGUCUAGACAUUCUUAAGGAUAAGUGGAGCCCAGCGCUGCAGAUUCGUACCGUGCUGUUGUCGAUCCAGGCACUGCUGAGCGCACCCAACCCAGACGAUCCGCUGGCGAACGAUGUGGCCGAGCUGUGGAAAGUGAACGAAGCGGAAGCAAUUCGAAACGCCAAGGAGUGGACGCAACGGUACGCGAACGUCGACAACUAGAUUCUGAUUAACCAAUUUCCUUAAGCUACACACAAUAACUUUUUUAAAAAGAGAAAAACAUUGUAACGAAGACGGCGAUCGUAACACGUGCGGCAAAUAAGCAGCCUCAGCAUCAGCAUUAGCACCAGCUCCAGCUCCAAUAUCCGCCUUCCUUCAGCAACUCAAGCGGAAAAAAUCACCUCUAUAGGAGAAACAAACGCGUGCGCGUGUUUGUGUGUGUGUGAAUGUGCGUUAGUGUGUGCGUGUGUCCACAGGAAUUUCUACAAAUUGAACAUCAUCAUCCAAGCAAGCAACUGUCAAAAAUCUUUAGCGCGAAAAUUUGCAAACAAUAGAAGAGACUAAACACGCAGCAUCCCCAGCUGUAAUAUGAGGAUGAUGAUGAUGAAGUGCGGUGAAAACGCGGUGAUAGGCAUCGAAAUUGUUGAAUCAAGCAGUCAUGCUUCUAAAUUGUACGAGCUUGAUUUCAUGCCCAAUAGUAGUGUGUGUCCAUGGUUCCACAAAGAACUACCAACCUUUCAGAACAUCAGCGGCCAUAGCAGCAGUCAUAAUAAGAACAGCAAAACAAAUCAAACCAUGUCUGCUACUCUCGACGAGAAGUCUCGCAUAUGAGCGAAACAAUGGCAACAACAACAGUACGAAAGCGUGAGGAAAUUAUGCACCAUCAGAUCAAUUACUGCAGCAACACAAAUGAAAACAAAUGGAAGAUAGUGCGCGAUGCCCAUACAUUCUCAAACUAGGAGCAUCAGAAUUAUCUUGCUGCUAAUCAGGUGAGGGCGGUAGGAUGCACCAUUUAUCAGGAUCGGUACAAGCGGUUUGAUGAUUCGCUCGCUGUCUGGUGCCUAGAUAUCGAUAAAAUUACUACUGAAAUUGAACAAAAAUCUCUUCAUAAUUUAAAUGGUACGAGGCCUGUUCAAAGAGUAAAGCAAACAUUCAAAUUGUCCCUGGUUAGAUACAUUAAGUAUUUGCUUUGUGUUGUGAGAUUAGCUUGUAUUCAACGUAUAUGUUCAUAUCAUAUUGUAUAUUGUAUUGUUUAUUUGAUAGAAGAUGAAUACACGAUUUGGUUGAUUCGGUGAAUUUGUGCCCGUGCCGCAGACAAAGAAUGUAGGUUGCGUAGUUCAAAGAACAAUAUUAUUGCUCCAAAAUGUUUGAUAAUUACAGAUGGAAAGAGAGAGAGAGAGAGAGAGAGAGAGAGAGAGAGAGAGAGAGAUUUAGUGUGGAAUUUUGUUUUCUCAUUUAUUGUUGUGGUUUUGUACAAAAUCGCCUCCAGAAUCAAGCAAGUUAAACUCUUCUAUCUUUCAUUCAACAAUAACGCAAUUUGAUAUUUAUGAUCACUAAAACGUUAGGGACACGAUUAGCUAUCAAGCAAAACGAAAAACAAAACCAGAUUCGAAUGCAGUGUUCGAAACCCGACUCGUUCGAAAUGUUACUUUUCCCUUGCAACUCACCUUACCUCGUACAAUGGGAAGAAAGUACAACGGUUUAGGGCAAUUAUGAAAUCUAGGGCGAAAGAUGAAACAAAAUAAAGCUAUUUCUUACAAUUUGUGCUGCAAGUAGUAUAACGGGGACAAAGAAUAUAAAAAUUAAUAGUACUGCAUGUAGGUUUUGAAGAAUUUCGAACCGUUACUAUUAUUUACGAAUGCUCGAGCCUUACAGCGGAUUGCGUAAUUUUCUUUCCGAUUGGAAUAGUUUCCAAGGAUUGUCCUUUUUCUCUCCCCUUUAUCCUCGGUACGUUCAGGCCUUGGUAUCGUUUCUCUUGAAUUGUUUAUGAAGUGCCGUAUAUUGCAAAUACCGCAACAACAGGCAAAACACAACUAUUUUGGUAGAAAACUCACUCUAAUUAGAUUAGAUAACGAGGAAGAUGGCGGAAGAUAAGGUGAAAGUAAUCCAAAAGACACCAGAGGAGUGUAACGGAAGAGGAGAAGAAUAGACCAAAAGUGCUGACUGAGAGAAAUAUACUAAAACCUACAGCAAUUCGCCGACGCAUGAUAUGCCGAACGAAUGAAAAUCUGAACCGGUUACACAAGCACCAAAACGGCCACACGGUAAAGAGCACAGAUACACUUACAACUCGAUUCUUGAAUAGCUGUUUAAAAGCAAGAUAAAAAAAACGCAUACACUUACUACAACUCACAAUGCAUACAACUUUUUCGUGAAUUGGUAGGACAAAUGGAAUUUAAAAUAUCUUUCUGAAAAGGAUCCCGAAUGCACUGUAAUGACGCGGCAAACAUAAGUUUGUGUCUCUGACAGGGAAAGAGCAUGGAUCAUGGAGAAUACGCGAACUGGUAAACUAAUAUGCGAGAGAUGCAACAAAUACACGUAUGACACAUGAGGAAAGUUAUAAUGAUGGCCACUAGGAAACGCAUUCAACUCGCAAAACUCUUUCCCAACACAAAAACAACAUGAAGAGAAAAUGAAAAGAAAACAAAACAUAACAAAAAAAAACAUGCAAACACUCUACGGAAACAGUUGUAAAUUAGAAUGAGGAUUAUAAAUAAUUGAGCGAAAAACUAAAAUCGAUUGUGUGUUAUGUAUUGAACCCAUUGAAGAAUAUAUUGAGAAAACAAUGUUGCAUAUUCGAACAUUGCAUAGAGUGCUUCGAUAAUUGUAACUACAAUUUCGAUUACUGUUAUGGUGAUCUACUGUUA